UCAGUUACUGUAGCUCUCACUGUUGCGGGAAAAGCUGUUCACCGACUGACUGGACAUUUACAUCAGACGAAAUAGCUGGGUUUGAAAGCGAAACAUCAAGUCAACGUGGAUUUGCAGUGGCUAAUAUAUUACAUUGUUUAAGAAGGGGCGGCAGUAGGAGAAACAGACCAUGUCUCAGGACAAGAACAGCUACCCUGGGGUUAUGGGGGAGAACAACCCCCUCCACAACAACAUCUACGGACCGCCCCAGCCCGGGUUCGGGAUAGCCCCUCCCAACUACACCCCGGCCCCAGUGCAAGCUCCAUACCCUGGCCAGCCUGUAGCCUAUGGCCAGCCUACACCAUACGAUCAGCCUGCACCCUAUGGUCAGCCUGCACCCUAUGGUCAGCCCGGGUUUCCUCAGGGAGGCCUCGGGUUUGGACAGGGACCCUACCCUCAGAUGCCCUAUCCCCAGGGCCCCUACCCCACAGGGCCCUACCAGCAACCUGCACAGCCAGGGUUCCCUGGUGACCCCAACACUUCCAUUGGUGACGGUUACCAUGGGGAUGUGCCGCCAUCUUACUACGACAACGAGGAGUUCACCAACUCUGGCUUUGAGGACAAGAGCAUCCGACAGGCGUUCAUCAGAAAGGUGUUCCUGGUGCUGACCGUUCAGCUGAUGGUCACCACCGCCUUCGUGGCGGUCUUCACCUUUGUGGACGACGCCAAGUUGUUUGUGCGGCGUAACCCCUGGACAUACUACGUGUCCUACGCAAUCUUCUUCGUGUCUCUCAUCACCCUCAGCUGCUGUGGAGAGUUCCGGCGCAAACACCCCUGGAACCUGGUGGCAUUGUCCAUCCUGACCCUGAGUCUGUCCUACAUGGUGGGGAUGAUCGCCAGCUUCUACGACACGGAGACCGUCAUCAUGGCCGUGGGCAUCACCGCUGUGGUCUGCUUCACUGUGGUCCUCUUCUCACUACAGAGCAAGUAUGACUUCACUUCCUGUCGGGGCGUUCUUUUCGUGUGUCUGAUCGUCCUGCUGCUCUUCUCCAUCCUCUGCAUCUUCAUCCGCCACAGGAUCCUCCACAUCGUCUACGCCUCCCUGGGAGCCCUGCUCUUCACCUGCUUCUUGGCUGUGGACACCCAGCUCCUCCUGGGCAACAAGAAGCUGGCUCUGAGUCCAGAGGAGUACAUCUUCGCCGCUCUCAACCUCUACACAGACAUCAUCAACAUCUUCCUCUACAUCCUGGCUCUCGUGGGCCGUUCCCGUGAGUGAUGUAGCGGCGCCCUCUAGGGGAAAGGGAGAGGAAGGCAGCCAGGAGGACUGAAUGAUGCUCUUUUCCCCUCGCUGUCUUUUUGUAUGAUUUGUUCCACUUUUUGAGGUUCCCUCUCCCAUUUGUAUGUUAAACCUCCCCGCCUUCACCCCACCCCCUUCAGGAGAUGAAUUGGGUGACAGAAAAAGGGGUUCUGUCACCUAUAGCAGCAGGCCUGUCAUAGAGCGCAGCAAAGAACACUUAUGAAGUUAUUUAUUUAAAAUUCUAUUUAAGUAUGUUAUUGUAAGUUAUUCUGAUAUUAUUAUUUUAUUUUUUUCUACAUUCCUUGUUUGUUUUUACGCAUUCUGCUUGCUCUGUCCUCCUUGGCAAUCUGCUUCUACUUACAGAGAGAUUGUAGCUAACUAGUAUAUCACUUCUGAACAACAUUAGCUGAACAAACACUAUAGAACUCUCCUGUCCUCUGCGAUUUUGGCGCUCUUCCUUGCCUUGUAGAUGAAGCACUGUAGAGAGAUUGAGAGGCAAGAAAGUUUUAUGGUAUCUGAUAGAGAGAGCAGCGCUGUGAUGCAGGCCAGCGCUUUUUAAGGAGGAAACGUAGAAACUAGAAACAACACCUUUCCUGCUAUAUUCUCCCACUCUGGUCUUCCCUUGUUUUCCUGCCAAUGUAAAGUAACUCUGCAUGGCACCUGAAACACAGCUGAGAUGAGCUGAAUAGAUUCAUAAAAACCCUUCAGAGGGAUACCUCUCCUAGCCUGCUUGUUACGUAGCUGUACAUAGAUAUGUGUGAACUGUAUAUGACGCUUAGUUCCCUAACCAGCUCUCUCUAGGCAUAAUAAUAAUAAUAAUAAUAAUAAUAAUAAUGCCUGGGGAGUGUAUGGCUGUGAUGCUCACUCAAUGUAUAUGAUGACAUCACUACGCAUCGCUAACCAGUACAAAGACCAAAACUCGAAUAAGAUGUGAAUGGCAGAGCACCCAGCUAUUAAAGCGAGAUGGCGCACCUCUUACCCACUCGUUUGUGUUGUUAACAUGGAUGUUCAACACUAAUACACAUGAGUAUAUGUGUAAUUGAGAUGCUUUUGUAGAAGCUAAGUGUGGAAUGUCCCAUUGGCUUCUUUUGGAUAAAUGUUUUCCCUCUUA